AUGGAGGCAGCAGGCGGGGGAACGACGAUGAAGACGGUGUGCGUGACCGGCGCGGGGGGUUUCGUGGCCUCGUGGCUCGUCGAGCGCCUCCUCGCCGGCGGCCGAUACGUGGUCCACGGCACCGUCCGCGAUCCCGGCGACGCCAAGAACGCGCACCUGCCGGGGCUGGACGGCGCCGCGGAGCGGCUGCGGCUGUUCAAGGCCGACCUGCUCGACUACGGCAGCAUGGCGGCGGCCAUCGCAGGCUGUGACGGCGUCUUCCAUGUGGCCUGCCCCGUCCCCGACUAUGCCCUCACCGACCCCGAGGUCGAGCUGCUGGCUCCUGCCGUGACGGGCACCAUGAACGUCCUCAGGGCGUGCUCCGAGGCCGAGGUCAAGAGGGUCGUCGUGGUGUCGUCUCUCUCGGCUGUGAUGAUAAAGCCUGAGUGGGACGAGUGCAAGGUCAUGGACGAAAGUUGCUGGUCUGACGUCAACCUCUGCAGAACCACUGAGAACUGGUAUUGCCUUUCCAAGACACUGGCAGAGCUGGAGGCAUUUGAGUACGCCAAGAGAACCGGACUAGAUGUGGUGUCUGUCUGCCCAUCCCUGGUGAUUGGGCCCUUGCUGCAACCCACACUGAACGCGAGCAGUUCGGUCGUGGUUGAUUUCCUCAAAGGAGAUCGCUUGGUGAAAAUGAAGAUCAGACACUUUGUGGAUGUUCGCGAUGUCGCCGACGCUCUUCUCCUAGUGUAUGAGACCCCGGAGGCAUCUGGGAGGUAUAUCUGCAAUUCGCACGCAAGGUUGGUAUCUGAUGUCAUAAAGCUACUCAAGAGCUGGUACCCGACUUAUCAAUAUGCCACCAAGUUUGUCCAAGUGACCCACGAGCCUGCAUUCAGUUCCAAGAAGUUGCAGGCGCUUGGCUGGAAAUUCAGGCCAUUUGAGCAGACCCUCAGGGACAGCGUGGAAUCCUUCAAGGCAGCAGGUGUCUUGGAUUGA